AUGGAUGGCCGGAAGAAUCGGAAAAAGCAAGGACGGUACUGUCAGUAUUAUAACACAAUUACUUCGCCAUCCAAGAUCCCCAGGACAACCCGAACAAGAAGCAAGUUUGCAGAUUCUCAUCCUAACGAAAAUGAUAACUUAUUGGAUUUAGAAACAGAAGAUAAGAUAGACGAUACUCUCGCGGGAACUUCUAGUUUAACGACGGAGGAUAUAAUAGCCGAAUACCCUGAUGACGUCCUAUCUGCAUGCGAGACCACUUGUAAUUCCGACACUGUUCACACUAGCAGAAAUUUUGAAAACCGAGCGGAGAUAUAUGAAUAUUUGGAUAACGAAGACUGGGAGAAACUUGCAGACGUCGUUUUUGACUCGGAAACUGAAAUUAACAAUGAACAUGGAAGUAAAGCCGAGAACGAAGAACAAGAAGACUUUAUUGAGCUGGAUGACUCUUCAAUUGAAAGUGACGGGGCAGAUUUAGACCUGAUGACUGCACAAGAGCAGGAUCCGCCAAUUUAUUCUGGUAGUUUGCUAACAGUGACCAUGCAUCUAGCAGCUAUAAUGACAUUUGCAAUGGCAGAGAGCCUUACUGCUUCCGCGAUUUCCCAUCUGUUUUAACAGAUGGGAAAGUAUUAAAAUACUUAUCUCCCUUCACUGCCCGGUACCUAAUAGAUGCAUGAAAACAUGAACAGGAAACCGUUAGGCAUUGUUUGCGUACCUGUUCAUACACUAAUUCAGACAUGUUUUUUUAUUGACACUGGUAAUGACAAUUGUUUUUUUCUUGGGAUACCUCCCAAUAGGAUUGAGCGAGAAUGAGAAUUUUUUUUUUCCGCAAAGACAAUAUAGAGUGAGAAUCACAAUGUAAAUUUACCUUAUAUAAUUAAUCCUAAUUCCAAACUGCACCCAAAAUUAAAUAUCAUUAGAAAUAUACCGUACUACUUAUCACUGGUACUUUUCAUAAUUGUUUUACAGAUUUUUUAUGUAGUUAAUUAAUUAUUUAUAAAUAUUUUUUUGUGAUUUUAAGAAUAAUGACCCAUUACCAUAAAUAUUAUUUUUAUUAUUAGUUCAUACAAUGGGUAUGUGAAUAGGUUAAAGUAUUUUUGAAUACGAAAUUAAUAGAAGAGCCCUGAAUGAAGGUAUGCUUUUUUGAAAGUAUAGGUAUGUAAAGGCAUGCAUUUUUUCAAUACCAAAUACAGCAAUGAGAUGGGUGUGUUUUUGGUAUGUUAGAAUGGGUAUGUAAAUAGUAUGUAUUUUCACAUACCAAAUACAUAGAUGGCCUAAUACUGCCAUUUUUUUGGGUAUAAAAGUAUAGGUAUGUGAAAGAUAUGUUUUUUUUACAUACCAAAUACAUAGAUCAACGGCAAAUGUUUGGGAUGAAAGAAUGGGUAUAUAUUAGGUAUGUAUUUUUACAUACCAAAUAUGUAGAAUAUGGUGAACAAGAAAAGGGAAUGUUUUGGCUAUGUAAGUAUGGGCAUGUAAAGGUAUGUAUUUUUACAUACCAAAUACAUAGAUAUGGAUUAAAGAGAGCGGUAUGUUUUUGGUAUGUAAGAAUGGAUAUGUAAUUGAUAUGUAUUUUUACAUACCAAAUACACAGACGUCUAAAAGAGAAGGGGUAUGUUUUUGGUAUGUAAGUGUGGGUGAAUAAAAGGCAUGUAUUUUUACAUACCAAAUACAUAGAUGGCUAAAA